CUUCAAGCUGCGCGUCUUCCUUCAAGCCGACGCGUUCCACACAUUUAUCGUGUCUCCCAGGACCCAGAACACGGAUCGAACAAAUGGCCGCACCGCGCUCUGAACAGCCGUAUCUACGAUGAAUCUUUGGCAUCAUGAGAAAUUGGAAGGAGCUGGGAGAGGUUCCAGAUUCGGAAGACGAGAGCCUCGAUAGCCUUGAGCCCCAACAGGACGAACAUGCCGACUUCGAAACGGAACAUGAAAGGCUACCCAACGAACUUCCGAAAGCUCCCGCAAUCGAAGAUGUAUGGAGAAUACCAUCUUCUCCCCAGAGGCAAGACCAUGGAUUUCUCCCACCUGACGACGCUGGGACUACAAGCCCAGCACCGCAAAGAUCGGUUACUCCGGCUUCGUCGCCCCUUUCCUCCCUGUCCCCAGAAGAAGAGGACCACCAAGAACAGUCAGGGCACAGAGAGUCUUCAUUGGAGCAAGGCAUCGUCGACCAAAAUCCUCGGACACCCACCGACGAUAACCCCAGAAACGAGCCAUCUUCGCUGGGCGACGACGAAGUAUCUAGACCUUAUGUCAGGAUAACAGCUGCCUCUUCAGCGGACGAGCUGGCACCUGGUCAAGCGGCAGCACUUAUAAGGUCUCUAUCGCCCAGAUGCUCUCCCGGUGAAGUCAACAGGCAGGUAUCAGCCGGCGAUGGCGUGGUGGAAGGUGUAGGUGUAUCCACUCAAGGUGCUGUGCAAAGGGAGCGGUCUCUACGGCCGCGCAAACCGAUCCAGCAAUUUCCCUAUCUUCUCGAGAACGCGCAGUACGCCAACUUCAUGAAGUCCCAUGGUGUGAGACCGCUCAGGGUUUCUAUUGAGCGAGCCAUCCCAAGGACAAGGACAGAGGAGGAUUCUCAGGAGCAAGAAUUUGAGGCCAGCGCCAGUCAGGAGCUUGCAGCGGACGGUACUAGUGGUGGGAUAGAUGAAAGUCAACCACUCCUCUUCGACGAUGCUACUGAUGAUCGCGAUAUCUUGGCCCUUUCGUCGUCCCCGCCGAGUUCAUCAUCUCCUCGAACCCAUCUCCACACGAGCAGCCAACAGGCAAACGGGGAUCAAACAGACAACUCAAGCAUUGUGGAGGAAGACUUUCCGUCACUCGAUGAUCUUGCGCGCAAACCAGCGAAGACUCCAGCGAGGAAUUCAAAGCGAUACCACUCAUCGAAUCUGUUAUCGAGCCGGAAAAGGUUCAAGCCUCAACUCGCAUCUUCCGCGCUCCCUUCGCCGCUCUCAAGGCUAUCAAGGUCCGAUAUCUGGGACAUGUCUUCACUGUCUCCCGAGCCGAGAGCAAUGCCUGAGCCGUCACAGGAUUUGGGAAUUACCCCACGUUUACCUCCCCCGCGUCGACCUGAGCGCCCAUCCGAUACCGCGUCGGAUAGAAGUCGGUCCCUGGAAAGAAACACACCGUCUGAUAUCGUUGAUCUCACUGGGAAGGACGGGAGCGAGAGUUCCAGCGACUCUGAGACGGGUUCUUCGAGCAGUGACUCAAAUAUCGGAGCCGACCUUGUUCGACGGAAUAAGAGGAGAAUACGCGGCGUCCUGCCGGCCUCUUGGCUAAGACUGGAUCGACAGAGGGGCCGUGAUGCAGCACGAAAAAACAGGAGAAGCCGUGAUCCAUCUCCGGACCCCGGCCCUAGACGCGGAGUGGCAGUACCCAAGCUAUCAACCCCGAAACCCUCAACUACCGCUCCUUUUUUAUUUGAUGAUUCUGAUGACGACAAUGACGAUAAUGAACUUGUUACGAAACCUAUAGAAGAGCACGAGGUUAGACCACCCUCAGCCCUAGACAUGCUCUUCGACGAUGCCGGCGAUGACUCUGUUGUGGAGGAGGAUCACAUUGACAGGAUGCUUUCUGGGGCCAAGCGGAGCGGUACAUCUUCAGGUUUGCCGCCGUUCAAGAAACGGAAGACGACACAGAAGUCUGUCUCCACAGGAUUGCAAGUCCAGAAGACACGGCAGCCAAGGAUUACUCAGGCACUAAGCCGAUCACAUACUACAACUCGGGGAACCCAUGGGACCAUAGAACCCGCCACCAACCCUGUCGGGCGGCCCCAUCAACGAUCACACAAGCGACGCCUCCCGAAGCGGGCGCCAACACCCCCUCUGUUAAGCAUACUGGAUGUCGUGGAACCAGAAGCCCCUCGGUUUAUCAGGGUUGCGGCCCGGACCGCCAGAACACAGAGGAACCAGGGGAAAUCCAGCCCCUCUCGGAAGCACAUCGACCUUGGGACUCGCAGAGAUAAUGUGGACGCACGCUCGGUACUUCAUGACUGGAGAGCUGGCAAAAUUCGACCCAAGAUCCCUAAUUCGGUUGUCAAUGCGGAUGGCCAGGCAAGGCGGCAUGUCCUAGGAGAUCUUUCUGUCAACUCUGCAACUCCUAGCUCAACGCUUAGAGAAUCUGCACAUCCAAAGCCGGUUGGGCUGGCAAAACACGGCCAUAUUCUAGGACAUGUCGUUGCCGAUGGCGUUGGUAUCCGGGACAAAUCGCCGCGCAUCAGGAGACCAAAGCCGAUCACGCAACCCAGCGCUCGACCAGCCCAGCUGGAAAUUGACGAGCAUGAACGUCCAGACACGGCCAGGUUCGUGGCAAAGAAGCGCGCCUUGGAUGCUCUAUAUCGAAAGGGUCGCAAAACUCGCACUCUGUCGACUGCUGCUAGCUUAGCGCAACUCCCUGAUAAUGACUCCGCCCCUGGUGAGCUCCAGAGCCCGGGAGAUGACCUUGGCCCGAAGGCCUCUGCGUCUCCCCGGCCUCCCCAGAGGGAUAACAAGAAGUCGCGUUUUCGCAAGCGGUUUGCCCCGAGGCAGAUUGAUCUCGAGGCACCGCGCUUCACCCAUGCGAACGACCCGUUACCGGAAGAUAGCCCCAUCGUCCAUGAGGCUGAGGAGCCUAGUUCACAAGAUAAGCUGACCGGUCUGGGCCCGUAUGGAACGCACUACACUCAGCACUUUGAGGUCUUCCCGCUUGACCAUGGCGUCUUCUUCCAUGAGAGCACUAUUAUAGGCCGUGGUUGUAUCAACAAACUAAUGGAACCCGCCUAUCUUGACAAGGUUCGACAGACCCGGCCGAGGGCUUCAUUUGCUAUGGAUGGGCAGACCUUGCGAUGGGGCUCCUGGGAUGAUACUGCAUCCUCUGAACUCGGAAUCCUCGUUGAUUGGAUAACGGAGCAACUCUCCCACCGUGGAACUACCUCGGAGGACUUCACAGCCCUGAAGCGGGCUGUAGGAGGCUCCGAGUUUAUUCUCCUCUACGUUCUAGAUUCCCUGAGCUUAUCCGACGACGAGGCUGCCAAGUCAUUCAUUGGAAGGACUGCCGAAGUAUUUCAAGGACUGCUGGCGCGCAUCGAGGAGUCGGCGUCCACAGUCACGAUGCCAGAGACAACAAGCAAGGCAUACAUCGAAGUCCUCGCGUGUUCCCUCGUCACGAUCUUGGCAGUCUCUCGGCUUAAUCAUGGCGCCGGGUCCAAUUUCUCGGUCAAUCUCCAGCUUGAAGAACUCCUGACGAGAGCCGCAAGACAAUGCAUCAAGAGGUUGCUGGGCGUGGGACUUGAGGACCUUCGAGUUCUUUAUGGUGAACUUCAACAACUGUCUGGCAGGGAGUGUGGAAUUCGCCGUGAUCACACAAUCGCCAACUCCUGGGUGGCCUUGAUACGCGUUCUUGAGAGUGCUUGCAUUCCCCGAAGUUCGUUCUGGGAUAUCACUCAGGCUGUCAUGAUGGAGCCCAAGAUCAUGUUAGGGUCUGAAGCAAAGGAGUUUGAGAGGCUUUGGCGCGACAUGUUCACCUUGCUGCCCCUGUGCGAGUUCGACAACUCCGGGGUCCUCACAGUCGGCAUGAGGCAUCUUUCUCCAAUCGAAGGCUGGUCUUUACCCCAACAGGUCUUAAAGCGCGUUUUCCAACUCUAUACGAGUAACCCACGGCAGGGACCGAACUUCAACGAGUACUGCCGCGCUCUUGCUGCUCGAUGCCAUUACCUUAUACAGCAAUGGGGAUGGCGGAAAUGCAGCGGUAUCAUCGGGACUAUCUUCGAUUUCUUUGGGUCGCAUAGCCUUGGCCACCUGCGGAAUGAGGAGGUCUACAAAUCGCCUCGAUUCCUCGAGAACCUCGCCCAUAACCCUUCCCUAGCUGUCGAGCCGGAAGAUCGGUGUUUCCACAUCUUCAUCAAGACCCUCGCCCUGGUCAUCCUCCGUAUGAAGAAAUUUGGGCUUACGAAAGACAUCAAAAACCUAGUGGCUCGUACCCUGCCAAAUCAUAACAGACAAUAUCUGAAGGAGAACAGGGUCCGUCAACAGGACCUCGCAGCGCUAAGGAAUCACCACGACCUGCUGUGUACACUGUUCUGGGCCGCGCCGCCAACCUUGCGCCCGGGCGUCCACCUGAUCGAGAAACUGGUCGUUCCGGGCAGCUCUCAUAAGGAGGCAUGCCUCAUCAAUCUGCGCGCCUGGAGUCAACUUGCCCGCUAUAUCGUAUGCUCUGGCGAGGGCAGUACUGCGUUCAGGCCCUUUAUGUCCUGGCAGACGAGCACCUUCCAGCAGCUGUUGGACCAAUAUCUCUCCGCCGCCUCCGAUAUCCAACAGCAGUUUUUGGCACUACCAAAGGCUGUCCCGAGGAUUAGCAACGAGGUGGUUGACUCGAUGAUAGAGAAGAACAAGGCGGCCGCAAUGGAUGUCCUGUACCUCUCCAUAAAAGCUUCGUUCGAGGUAUUGAAACUGGCCGGGUCGUUAGGCACUGCAACCAGCACCUUGAACAUCUACCAGUUGCAGCAGGUGUUUACACGAUUUGACUUCUCGCCAGGCUUUGAUUGGAGUAUUAUUCUGGUAGCUAUCGAGACGCUCGAGCUCUAUAUCUCAAAGGUAGAGCAAGCGGCCGAGGCCCAGUACUCCAGCGACUCUUCGAAUAUGACCGAUCCCCAGGAGGUGGAGGAGGCCGUUCUAUUACUCGAUCACAGAGUUGCGGAACAGUUCUUUUUCAUGACUCGAACUCUCCUCGAGCUCCCUGACACAGUCUCUUUGAAGGGUCAGAGUGAGCAUGGCCGAUGCAUUGAGAAAGCCGUGACCCUCUCUGCGAGGAUGGCCUGUCGUUUCAUCCACUCGGGGAUUACUCGCACUGUGAACUACUUCACGUCGAGGAAAUACGGUCUAUUCAGAGAGCUGCCGGUGAAGCUCGGGUCUCCACAGAGGACCUACUUGCCUCUGUUCCUAGCGACCCUGGUGAAGAACCACGUCUUCGAUUUCAAAGAUGUCGGGCCCAGUCUCCUCGGGUUGUGGUUGAUGGCAAUCGUCAAACCAUUCCAGUCCCUGGCAUAUGAGAAUUACCUAGCCGACAUCCUCAAGCAGAAGAAUGUUCCAUAUCUCCAGCGAGCUGUCGCUCCUGCAGGAAUUGCCCCUGACUACAGCUCGAACAGGGACUUCCUGGCCGCUGCAUUGUUGUUUAUGAGGACCGACCUGCGCAACGCCAACCUGGUUCAGAGGAAACAGCGUCGCGACGAACACGCCAAGUGUCUCGAGCUGACAAUGCAGAAGAUGAAGGAAGACCUGAGAGCCCUGAAACCGGAUCCAGCUGAGCACAAGCGGUACAUGCAAUUCGUCCGGGAGAUUGUCGCGCUCAUCAAAUCUCACGGUGUGGGCAUCUGUGUCGUCGACCCGUUCUUCACCCAGCCCAGCUCGGACUACUCGCCCCCCAUACAAGACCCCCAACUGCACACGGCCGGCAUCAUCGCUUACGGAGUCAGGCUUAGCGAGGGAGAGGCAACGGCCGCUCCCCAGCUCUUCCAUUAUCUGUACAACAACUUCAAGAUCGCCCUCGCAAACGAUAAAUUAGACGAGGAGUGCACCAUACUUGAGCACGCCAUGGGAAAUCCGCACAUCAUUUCCUUCAUGCUGGGCCGAGUCCUUCCAGCAGUCGCCUGGGCGACAUCCAAGGCGAACGACGCCUGGCCGCUUCUGGAUGUCUACGUGGGCGCCCUGCGGAAGCUGCUGACCCGAUCAUGCCUCCCGAAGGAGAUUGAUGAGGACAGCGUAGAAGACGUCUCUGGACUUUUGAAGAAUGUCAUGGCUUGGUUCCGGACUCUACAGGGAUCUGAUCAGCCACGCCUCUCCAUAACACAGCUGCACAUCAUAGCGCGCCUGGUAGAGAUGGCCAGCCUAUUCCACCCCAGCCUAAUAACGCAUCUCCUCUCCGGAUCCCACCCGAACACCGCAAGCCUCGGCGACCUGAUGGCGUCGUUCGGCAAGUUCGCCGAAGAAGCCGCCGCCCACCUCGACGAGCUGCUCGAGACCGAAAUCGUCGAUGCCCAGUUGGUGCUAGGCCACCUUCAGAUCGGCCCGCUGCUCGCCGGCGUCGAGGACUGCGGACACGGGCCGGGCCGGCUGGUCUUCCAGAGCGGCAGGGAGCUGAACCCUCAGGUGGACAACUUUGCAAACGUCAUUGCCGCCGACGUGGGCCGGAACUGGGCCGUCACGGCCACGUCCAUCUCGUGGAACGUCGCUGGCAGCAGGGGCGCGGGACUCACGCCUGCUACUACCCAGUCCGGCCCGGGGGUGAGGUACGAGUUUCGGAGCGGGCUUGAGCUGGCGAGGCAGUUGCGUCAGCACCUCGAAUUGUGGAUUGGGGGGAAGGGACUGAGCAGGUCGAGGGGUUGGAGGCCACGUCGAAGGGCCCGUGUGAAGGGGGAGCUGGGACCGAUGAUCUUCUAGGGUCUGGUAACAAUAAUAGCAACGCAGCGGCUCUAGUAGAAGCCAUAAGUAUUUUAGCACGAUCGGUCCCGGUGCUGGGCCAUAGCCAUAUAGAAGAAGCUUUAAGUAGAAAAGAUACUAUACACGC